UUGACUGAGAAUCGGAAAGGCCGAAACAGGUGGUAGAAUCAGGGAGAGCGCGCGUGCUGAAGUGAACCCGUUGCAUUUCUCAUUUCUCCCCCGUGGACGUCGCGACGUUUUAUUACUCACACAGACGGACAGGUGUGUGUGUGUGUGUUGUACGUGGUGUGUGUGUGUCUUGCAACAACAACAUAAAAUCACAGUCAGCUGUGAAGUUGCUUUCAACGUGUGAAACAAAUAUGCAAAUGGGAAUAAUAAGCAGAAAUAACAAAUUAUUGGCGUGAAUAUCCAAAUCGAGGCAUGCCAAGCCAAGUAGCUCAUAGCUCACAAAUCGAAAUCCGAGGAAAUAAUAUAAUAAAUAAACUUAAAAAUACACAGUUUAGCAAGAAAUCCAAAAGCCGCAGUAUCCACCCAUCCAGCUAGCAGUAUUUAUACAUUUUUUUACGAUAUUUUGAGAAGCGCUUCUUUCUAUGAAACCGGAACUUGGGUAUUUCUGACAGCAGAAUCAAGGAGCAAACACACAUCCGAGGAAAGCAGGGCUUCGAGACAAAAUCCAAAGAGUCAAAAUCAAGAAAAUCAAGAAAACCGGAGAAAAAAUUGUAUGGAAAGGACAUUCCCAGAAGAUUCUGUACAUCGUUAAGCAACUGGUUCGCACAUAUCCACACGGUUCAGACUGAUUGACAGCACAGACUGCUAUAAACCAUAUUUGAUAUCUUCCAAGAGGACAACACAUAUCCAAGCCAGAAGAAAAAACAAUUGGAAACCGAGAAACACAUAUCCUGAAACAUAAAUCAUUGCCAGGCUUUGAUUAAUGUUGCGUAUACGCAAUGUUGUCGGCCCCAGAGUUGCUCUCUAACUAAGUGAAAGCACAAUCGCUGAAAAACACAAAGAAACUGAGAGAGUGAUAGAGGCAGGAGGUGUGAUAGCUGCUUCCAUUAGCACCUUCUGGGAAAUAAAAACAUCAUCGAGUAGCACCACAGAGCCCAGAGCUCCGGAACACCAAAGAUGGCCUUCAUCUGGCGACGACGUUCCACCACCAUUGUGAAGCUGGUGGCCUUUCUGGUGGCCAUUUGGUUCUGCAUAGCCUUUCUGGUCUACACGGAUGACACGCGGCGGCGGGCGUCGCAGGGCGGGUCGAGUGGGAUUGGCAGCGGACCUGCGGCCGGGGGAAACGUAGGCGGAGGCGGAGGCGCGCCGGCUCUGGGAGAUCCCAUUGCCCUGCCGCUGAGAAACGCUCCCGACAGCGAGGACUUUGACAACAACGGUAAUGUGAUUGGCGGCGCCCAGAAGGAGGACGAGGCCGACAUACCGCCCACUGUGGGCAAGCGCAAGGCCGAGCCACAGGAGGACAAGAAGCCACGCAAGAAGGCCCACGAGGUGGCAAAGGCCAAGCCCCAAGAUGAUACCAAAAAAGUGAUUGAUCCUCCUGGCAAUUUCGAUGAGAAUCCCGGCGAGAUGGGCAAGCCAGUGCGACUGCCCAAGGAAAUGCCGGAUGACAUGAAGAAGGCGGUGGAUGAUGGCUGGACGAAGAACGCCUUCAACCAAUAUGUCUCGGAUCUCGUAUCGGUGCAUCGUUCCCUGCCGGAUCCCCGGGAUGCCUGGUGCAAGGACUCGACCCAGUACCUGACCAAUCUGCCCGCGACUGAUGUCAUUAUAUGCUUCCACAACGAAGCCUGGACAGUGCUGCUGAGGACCGUCCACUCCGUGCUGGACAGGUCACCGGAGCAUUUAAUUGGCAAGAUAAUCCUUGUCGAUGACUACAGUGAUAUGCCUCACCUGAAGAAACAGCUGGAGGAUUACUUCGCCGCAUACCCCAAGGUCCAGAUUAUUAGGGGUCAGAAACGAGAAGGCCUUAUCCGAGCCCGUAUCCUGGGCGCCAACCAUGCCAAGUCCCCGGUUCUCACCUAUUUGGACUCCCACUGCGAGUGCACAGAAGGCUGGCUGGAACCUCUUUUGGACCGCAUUGCCCGGAACUCGACCACUGUUGUGUGUCCCGUAAUUGAUGUGAUUAGCGACGAUACCCUGGAGUAUCACUACCGCGAUUCUAGCGGCGUCAAUGUGGGUGGAUUCGAUUGGAAUCUGCAGUUUAGCUGGCACGCUGUUCCGGAACGUGAAAGGAAGCGUCAUAACAACACGGCCGAGCCCGUAUACUCACCCACCAUGGCUGGAGGACUCUUCUCCAUCGACCGGGAGUUCUUCGAUCGCCUGGGCACCUACGACUCCGGAUUCGACAUCUGGGGAGGCGAGAAUCUGGAGCUGUCCUUCAAGACCUGGAUGUGCGGUGGCACCCUGGAGAUUGUACCCUGCUCCCAUGUCGGCCACAUCUUCCGCAAACGCUCCCCCUAUAAGUGGCGUUCGGGCGUGAAUGUGCUGAGGAAGAACUCGGUGCGCCUGGCCGAGGUUUGGAUGGAUGACUACGCCCAGUACUACUACCACCGCAUUGGCAACGACAAGGGCGACUGGGGGGAUGUCACCGAUCGCAAGAAGCUACGUUCCGAUCUGAAGUGCAAGAGCUUCAAGUGGUAUCUGGACAACAUCUAUCCGGAGCUCUUCAUUCCCGGCGACUCUGUGGCCCACGGCGAGAUAAGAAACUUAGGUUAUGGCGGUCGCACCUGCUUGGACGCACCUUCUGGGAAGAAGCAUCAGAAGAAGGCUGUGGGCACGUAUCCCUGCCAUCGGCAGGGUGGAAAUCAGUACUGGAUGCUGAGCAAGACGGGAGAAAUACGCCGAGACGACUCCUGCCUUGAUUAUGCCGGCAAGGAUGUGACGCUCUACCCCUGCCACGGUGGAAAAGGAAAUCAGUUCUGGUCGUACCGUGAGAACACAAAGCAACUGCACCAUGGCACCUCUGGGAAGUGCUUGGCCGUCACCGAGAGUAAGGACAAGCUACAGAUGGAGGAGUGCAACGCGUCGGUGGCCCGCCAGCAGUGGUCGUUGGAGAACUACGACAGCUCCAAGUUGUGAGGAUACUUCUACGCGAAGGGCAACCUGCUGUUGCCCACUUCGCAGCGACCACACCAGCAGCAUCAGAAACAAAAGCAGCCACAUCGGGCAUAGCAGCAAGAGGAUGGGGAAGAACCCGAAACAGGAGUAGGAAUCAUGGAGUGGAGGCAGGAGGUCGAGUAGACAGAUGGAUUGGGAUUCCCCCAGCGGCGGCAUGUGCAAUAGGGAGUGAAGGGAGCGAUGUAGCAGCAGAGUACUUGCCAUGCUAUAUAAAUAUUAUUAAAAUUUAUAUGUUUCCAAACAAGAGAA